GCCUGUGACCACAAAGAGGGAGCUGGGGGCCGGACGGGAGCGCGGCGGCGGCGGCUGAGGCGCAGGCCAGGCCCCCUCCCCUCAGCCUCCCGCCCGCCCGCCCGCCCGCCCUCCUCCGCCCGCCCGCCUGCCUGCCCCGCCCCCGCCGGCGGCGCCCCGCCCCUCCCCCAACCGCCCGACUAGCAUGGUGCGGCGGCCGCGCGCGCAGACAUGGGGGAGAAGCUGGAGCUGAGGCUCAAGUCGCCCGUGGGGGCUGAGCCCGCCGUCUACCCGUGGCCGCUGCCGGUCUACGACAAACACCACGAUGCUGCUCAUGAAAUCAUCGAGACCAUCCGGUGGGUCUGUGAAGAAAUCCCAGAUCUCAAGCUCGCUAUGGAGAAUUAUGUUUUAAUCGACUACGACACCAAAAGCUUCGAAAGCAUGCAGAGGCUCUGUGACAAGUACAACCGGGCCAUCGACAGCAUCCACCAGCUGUGGAAGGGCACCACGCAGCCCAUGAAGCUGAACACGCGGCCGUCCACGGGGCUCCUGCGCCACAUCCUGCAGCAGGUCUACAACCACUCGGUGACCGACCCCGAGAAACUCAACAACUAUGAGCCCUUCUCCCCGGAGGUGUACGGGGAGACUUCCUUCGACCUGGUCGCCCAGAUGAUCGACGAGAUCAAGAUGACCGAAGAUGACCUGUUUGUGGACCUGGGUAGCGGAGUGGGCCAGGUUGUGCUGCAGGUCGCUGCGGCUACCAACUGCAAACAUCACUAUGGUGUCGAGAAAGCUGACAUCCCGGCCAAGUACGCGGAGACCAUGGACCGAGAGUUCAGGAAGUGGAUGAAAUGGUAUGGAAAAAAGCAUGCAGAAUACACACUGGAGAGAGGAGAUUUCCUCUCGGAGGAGUGGAGAGAGCGGAUCGCCAACACGAGUGUUAUAUUUGUGAAUAACUUUGCCUUUGGUCCUGAGGUGGAUCACCAGCUGAAGGAGCGGUUCGCAAACAUGAAGGAAGGUGGCAGAAUCGUGUCCUCGAAGCCCUUUGCACCUCUGAACUUCAGAAUAAACAGUAGAAACUUGAGUGACAUCGGCACCAUCAUGCGCGUCGUGGAGCUGUCGCCUCUAAAAGGCUCGGUGUCGUGGACGGGGAAGCCGGUGUCUUACUACCUGCACACCAUCGACCGCACCAUACUUGAAAACUAUUUUUCUAGUCUGAAAAAUCCAAAACUCAGGGAGGAACAAGAGGCAGCUCGGCGCCGGCAGCAGCGGGAGAACAAGAGCAACACGACCACCCCCACCAAGGUGCCCGAGAGCAAGACGGCCAUGCCCGCCGACACCCCCAUGGACUCUGGUGCUGAGGAAGAGAAAGCCGGGGCGACCACUGUUAAGAAGCCAUCUCCCUCCAAGGCCCGGAAGAAGAAGCUGAACAAGAAGGGCCGGAAGAUGGCCGGCCGGAAGCGCGGACGUCCCAAGAAGAUGAGCACCGCCAACCCCGAGCGCAAGCCCAAGAAGACCCAGAGCGCACUGGACCUGCUGCACGCCCAGACUGUGUCGCGGGCGGCGUCACCCUCGCCGCAGGGCGCCCCCUACCAGCUACCUCCCAGCACGCAGCGACGCCCCCCUGAGCAGCUGCUGCUGGCGCCCGCCCCGCCUGCCCUACACCGGCUGCUAGAAUCCUUCAAGAUUCAGUACCUACAGUUCCUGGCGUACACAAAGACCCCUCAGUACAAGGCCAACCUGCAGCAGCUGCUGGACCAGGAGAAGGAGAAGAACGCCCGGUUGCUGGGCGCCGUGCAGCAGCUGUUCGGCCACUGCCAAGCUCAGAAGGAGGAGAUCAAGAGGCUUUUCCAGCAGAAACUGGAUGAGCUGGGAGUGAAGGCGCUGACCUACAACGACCUGAUCCAAGCGCAGAAGGAGAUCUCAGCUCACAACCAGCAGCUGAGGGAGCAGACGGAGCAGCUGGAGAAGGGCAACCGGGAGCUAAGGAGCCAGAGCCUGCGGCUGCUCAAGGCACGGUGCGAGGAGCUGAAGCUGGACUGGUCCACGCUGUCCCUUGAGGGCCUGCUGAAGGAGAAGCAGGCCCUGAAGAGCCAGAUCUCGGAGAAGCAGAGGCACUGCCUGGAGCUGCAGAUCAGCAUUGUGGAGCUGGAGAAGAGCCAGCGGCAGCAGGAGCUCCUGCAGCUGAAGUCCUGCGUGCCGCCCGACGACGCCCUGUCCCUGCACCUGCGCGGGAAGGGUGGCCUGGGCCGAGAGCCGGAGGCCGAGCCCGGCCGGCCACACCUGGAGCUGGACUGUGCCAGGUUCUCCCUGCCCCACUUGAGCAACAUGAGCCCGGAGCUGUCCAUGAACGGCCACGCGGCCGGCUAUGAGCUCUGCGGCGCGCUGAGCCGGCCCUCGCCCAAGCAGAACACCCCCCAGUACCUGGCCUCCCCCCUGGACCAGGAGGUCGUGCCCUGCACCCCGAACCACAGUGGCCGGCCGAGGCUCGAGAAGUUGUCCGGCCUGGCCCUGCCCGACUACACCAGGCUCUCCCCGGCCAAGCUGGUGCUGCGGCGCCACCUGAGCCAGGACCACACAGCCAACAGCAGGGCGACCGCCAGCGAGCUGCACUCACGAGCUGAGCAUGCCAAGGAGAACGGCCUCCCGUACCAGAGCCCUGGCAUCGCCAACGGCAUCAAACUGAGCCCACAGGACCCUCGGCCCUCGUCCCCUGCGGCCUUGCAGAUGACAGGAGAGAAGAGCAGUGAGAAGGGUUUGAAGGAGCGCACCUACGCCAGCAGUGGGGAGGCCAUCACCAGCCUGCCCGUCAGCAUCCCGCUCAGCACCGUGCAGCCUAGCAAGCUGCCAGUCAGCAUCCCUCUGGCCAGCGUGGUGCUGCCCAGCCGCGCCGAGAAGGUGAGAAGCACCCCCAGCCCCGUGCCGCAGGCCCGAGAGUCCUCGUCCACACUGGAGAAGCAGAUGGGUGCUGGCACCCACGGCUCCGGGUGCAACGCUGCUGGGAGCAGAAGCCUCGCCCUGGCCCCUGCAGGCUUUGCCUAUGCCGGCUCAGUGGCCAUCAGUGGGGCCCUGGCAGGCAGCCCGGCACCACUCGUCUCUGGAGCCGAGCCCCCCGCCCUGGACGAGUCCUCCAGCUCCGGAAGCCUCUUUGCCACUGUGGGGUCCCGCAGCUCCACCCCUCAGCACCCCCCGCUGCUGGCGCAGCCCCGCAACUGCGGCUCGGCCUCGCCCGCCCCCCAGCUCUGCGCCAGUCCCCGGCUCGGCGCUCAGGGCCCGCUCCCCGACACCAGCAAAGGAGACCUGCCCUCUGAGGCCGGCUUCUCGGAUCCCGAGAGUGAAGCCAAGAGAAGGAUCGUCUUCACCAUCUCGGCCGGCUCUAGCAGCGCCAAGCAGUCACCUUCCAGCAAGCACAGCCCUCUGUCCUCGGGCGCCCGCGGUGACGGCGGCCAGAGCCACGGGCAGGACAGCCGCAAGAGGGGCAGGAGGAAGCGGGCAGCGGCGGGGACCCCCGGCUUCAGCUCGGGCGUGUCCCCCAAGCGCCGGGCCCUGCCGUCCGUCGCCGGCCUCUUCACCCAGUCUUCAGGGUCCCCCCUGAACCUCAACUCCAUGGUCAGCAACAUCAACCAGCCCUUGGAAAUCACGGCCAUCUCGUCCCCCGAGAGCUCCCUGAAGAGCUCGCCUGUCCCUUACCAGGACAACGACCAGCCGCCCGUGCUCAAGAAGGAGAAGCCCCUGAGCCAGACCAACGGGGCCCACUAUUCCCCGCUGACCUCGGAUGAGGAGCAGGGCUCUGAGGACGAGCCCAGCAGUGCCAGAAUUGAGAGAAAAAUUGCAACCAUCUCCUUAGAAAGCAAAUCUCCUCCGAAAACCUUGGAAAAUGGGGGCGGCCUGGCGGGAAGGAAGGUGCCAGCCAGCGAGCCGGUCAACAGCAGCAAGUGGAAGUCCACCUUCUCGCCCAUCUCCGACCUCGGCCUGGCCAAGGCAGCCGACAGCCCGCUGCAGGCCGCCUCCGCUCUGAGCCACAACUCCCUGUUCGCUUUCCGGCCCGGCCUGGAGGAACCUGGCGCGGCUGAUGCCAAGCUGGCUGCCCACCCCAGGAAGAGCUUCCCAGGCGCGCUGCCGGGGGCGGGCGGGCUGAGCCCCAGCAGCCAUCCCGCCAGCAGCUUCGCCCUGGGCGGGGGCCUGGCGGCCGACCUCAGUUUACACAGCUUCAGCGAUGGUGCUUCUCUCUCCCACAAGGCCCCCGAGGCGGCCGGCCUGGGCACCCCCCUGAGCUUUCCCGGCCCGCGGGGCAAGGAGGGCGGCGCCGCAGACCCCGGCCCCUUCGUGAACAAGAGACAGCUGGACGGACUGGCCCCGAAGGGCGAGGGGGGCCCACCUGUGUGCGGGCCCGCGGACAAGGCCUCAGCGACGCACGGCAAGGCGGGCAAGGGCCGUGACCGCGAGCCCGACGUCAAGAACGGCCACAACCUCUUCAUGGCCGCUGCUGCUGCUGCUGCCGCCGCCGCUGCCACCCCCCCCGGGGGCCUCCUCAGCGGCCCGGGCCUUGCCCCGGCGGCGUCCUCGGCAGGGGGCACGGCCCCGUCCGCCCAGACCCACCGCCCCUUCCUGGGCGCCUUCGCCCCCGGCCCGCAGUUCGCACUGGGCCCCAUGUCCCUGCAGGCCAACCUGGGUCCGUCUGUGCUGCAGUCCCUGUUCAGCUCCGUGCCCGCCGCCGGCCUGGUGCACGUCUCAACCGCCGCCACCAGACUGACCAACUCGCACGCCAUGGGCAGCUUCUCCUCCGGGGUGGCCGGCGGUGCAGUCGGAGGUGCCUUUAACCACGCGGUGCCUCCCGCCUCCGCUCAUCCGUUUGGAGCCAGUUUCGGCAGUGGGGCUGCAUGUCGCAGCGCCACGCUGAGCCUAACCCCGCUGCAGGCGGUGGCCAGCACCCCGGCCUCUUCCUUUCAGGCCCCGCCCCCUGCGGAGCCGAGGCCGGCCCCGCCCCCUCCGCACCUGGGCCGGCCCCCUCUGGGGCCGCCCGCCCUCCACGCCCCGCCCCCUCCUAACGCCGCCUUGCCUCCGCCCCCCGCGCUGCUCCCGGCUAACUCUGAGCCCGUGCUCCUGCAGAACCUCGCGUCCCUCCCAGCUAACCAAGCUUUCUUACCUGCCUCCUCUGCUGCCUCUGUGCCGCCUGCUAACGCCUCUCUGUCCAUCAAGCUCGCCUCACUUCCGCACAAGGUGUCCCGCCCCUCCUUCACGGUGCACCACCCGCCCCUGCCCGGGCUGGCCCUGGCCCAGGCCGCGCCCGUGAUCCCGCAGGCCAGCUCCACGGGGCCGCCCGCCGUGUGGGUUUCCCUUGGCAUGCCACCUCCGUAUGCCGCGCGCCUUGCGGGGGUUAAGCCGCGAUAAAGACCUUGCUUAGCUAGCAGUUCGUAUUCUGUAAGGUAAGGCUAGAGCUCGACCAGGCGGCCCAUACGAGAACCUGAACUGACCUU